CAUAUUCUGACAGUAUUUUGAUUCGUAUCUGCUGGAAGUGAGGAAAAAGAGAAAAGUGAAGGGCUGUCGAGGGGAGGGGGGGGCUGAAGAAGAGGAGCUGUCAAAAAGGUAUUCUCGAGUCUCUGUCAAACAGCGCAGGGCUGAGGCUCGGUAUCCCUCCCAAACGUUAUUUUGAGGACACACAAGGCCCGGGGCCUCGGUAAAGUUGGCUCUUCGUCUCCCUGGUAGUAGCUGGACCCCUCUCGGCUUCUCCUCUCCGAGCUCCGCGGCCCUCUGGAGGUCCGGCGGCGGUCUCGGGUGUUGAAGGCGGCCCGGGGAGCGGCGGCGGCAGUAGCGGAGACGCAAAGAAGAUGUUCAAGAUGAAGGCGAUUUGCUGCCACCACUGACGCACAGUGCCCUGAACACAACAAGCAGUCCUGACCUGGCAACACACGAAUGGCCCAGGGAAGCCACCAGAUUGAUAAUCAGGUUUUGCAUGACCUGCGCCAGAAGUUCCCUGAAGUCCCAGAGGGUGUUGUCUCCUUAUGUGUUCAGCAGAACAACAACAAUUUAGACGCCUGCUGUGAAUACUUGUCCCAGGUCAGUCCGGCCUAUCUGUACAGUGAAGAAGGAAACCUCAGCUUUUCUGACGACCCCACCAUCACCAGGCUCCGUAAUCACAUGACCCAGCUGAACCUGGGCCUGCAGUCUCAGAAUGUGCAUGUGGCCCCAGCUCGGGACGGCCUGAGAAUGAACGGCAGCCGGACGCUGGCCCACAGCCUGAGUGACGGGCCCCUCCAGACAGGCCAGGCCCCCAACAGUGACUUCUUUCAGCAGGAGCCCCAGUCAGCACCAGUGCAGGUGCCCUCCAGCCUCAAUGUAUUUGGUGUGAUGGAGCCCACACGCAAACCGCAGCCUCCACAGCACCUUGGACUCUACCCUCUGGGUGUCAAAGCAACGACUAUGGGUGUCCAGCAGACGCCACGCUUCAACCCCAUUACCGUUACGCUAGCCCCUAAUAUUCAGACAGGUCGGAACACCCCCACUUCUUUGCACAUACACGGUGGGCCACAGUCGGGCCUCAGCAGUCCACAGGGUAACUCUAUCUACAUCAGGCCCUAUGUUAGCCAGUCCGGUACCACUCGGCAGAACCAGCAGGGAGGCAGGGCCCAGUACAGCCCCACUUCCCAGCCCCUGCAGCAGAUCUACCAGAUCUCACACCCAUCCUCCCUGUCCGGCUCCUGGUCCGGCCCUCAGCAUGCCUCCUCCUCACAUACCUCACAGCACCAGACCCAGGGCCACCAGACUUCUCACGUCUACAUGCCAAUUAGCUCUCCCACAAAUCCCCAGGCGCCCUCCAUUCUUCCCACUGGAAGCCAGGCCUCUUCCUCUGGUGUCUCCUCGUGCUCUUCUUCCUCUUCCUCCUCCUCUGUCAUGCCCACAUCCCUGUCUACCAUCAGCCAGUACAACAUCCAGAACAUCUCCACCGGCCCACGGAAGAAUCAGAUAGAGAUCAAACUUGAAUCUCCUCAGAGGAGCAACUCCACAACCACGACAGCCGUGCUGCGGACAGGCAGUGGGCCCCGGUCCUCCUCCACCUCCUCCUCCUGCCCUUCCUCUUCCUCCUCUUCAACCGGGGUGGCUACUGUCCCCACCACCCCUCUCUCUAUCGGAGGCCCAGGUCUGAGUCGCAGCCAGCCCACUGUUUACAUCUCUGCCAGCCCGCCUACUGCUGCUACCACUCCCUCUGAGGAGGCCGUUGUGGCCUCAGCCGGCUCCCGCUCCCAACCCAAGUUUUACAUUUCUGCUAAUGCCUCCAGCGAUGACAGUGGGGGAAGGAACCCUCCCACAGUCUACAUCUCAGCCAACCCUCCCUUGCAGGGUCCCUCAGGGGCCAGGAACAUGGGGGGCCAAGUGAGCAUGGGCCCCGCCUACAUCCACCACCAUCCUCCUAAGUCCCGUACCUCGGUGGGAGGGGGAGGCACAGCUUCUUCCCCACGUGUGGUGGUGACUCAGCCCAACACCAAAUACACUUUUAAAAUCACGGUGUCCCCCAAUAAGCCCCCAGCUGUGUCCCCUGGAGUGGUGUCCCCUACGUUUGAGCCCAACAACCUCCUCAGCCUACCCUCAGACCACCACUUUGUGGAGCCAGACCCCCUCCAUCUCUCAGACCCGCUGUCGCCACACAGGGAGAGGCCGAGUGAGCCUCGCAGACUCAGCAUGGGCUCAGAUGACGCAGCGUACACACAAGCGUUGUUGGUCCAUCAGAAGGCUCGCAUGGAGAGGCUGUGGCACGAGCUGGAGCUGAAGAAGAAGAAGCUGGAGAAGCUAAAAGAGGAGGUCAACGAGAUGGAGAACGACCUGACCAGGAGACGGCUGGAGAGAUCCAACUCAGCCUCCCAAAUUCCUUCUAUUGAGGAAAUGAAGCAGUUGCGAUGCAGAAACAGGUUACUGCAGAUCGACAUUGAUUGCCUCACCAAAGAAAUUGAUCUCCUUCAAACAAGAGGACCACACUUUAAUCCCAGUGCAAUGCAUAAUUUUUAUGAUAACAUUGGAUUUCUUGGUCCUGUCCCACCCAAACCCAAAGGUACUUUAUCUAUUGACUCGGGCAGUAAGAUUGUGAAGCCCAUCUCAGACCAGGAGGAGGACGAGGGGACGCAGUGGAGCUGCACCGCCUGCACCUUCCUCAACCAUCCCGCCCUCAACCGCUGUGAACAGUGCGAGUUCCCGCGGCACUUCUGAGCCAAAAAGGCUGCGACGCGCCGCCCCUUCGUCUGCCCACCUGUCUUCUACCAGCCUAGAAUAGAAAAGGGCCCUUUCUGUUUCUUUUUUCCCCUAGUUGUAUGAAAACUGGGAUGGGGUGUAGUCAUCCUGCAUCAUGUGGCCCGUUGUUCUUGUUUGUUUUUGUUUUUUUUCUUUUCUCCUCUCUAAGGUUUGUAGAAUGCUGUCCACUGAAGGCUUGACUGGAUAGUGUUUACAGCUUGUGAUUUUUCAUAAAGGCUGGCAGAGUCGGAUGAUACCUCACCUUAGAGACUCGGAUCACGUGGGGUCACUUCCCCAUGUUUUGCUCAACGGGUGACACUUUAACCCUGGGGAUACCUCGCUGCUCCCACUUACAGUAUUACAAGUGUGGCCCUGCAGUAUGACGGCACACAUACCUACACAGGUGCCAAUGUGCCUUUUGCUGAUUUUUAAUUGAGUUUUUCUUCCUCUGUGGUGGCUUGACCGGGGAUUGGGAACUGUGUUCAGCCACUGCUCUCCAUCUGAAGGGAAAACUAACAGACUAAUCAUGGAUUUUAAAGUUUGUUUGCUGAUUAUUCUAGAGGAUGCCAAAGGGGAACAGUCAUUGUCGCUGGCACUCAGACGUGCCUCUUGUCCUCCCCAUUCAGUAUCCCUUUUCUGUCUCUUCAAUCAUGAGUUCAUGAAAAAAAAAAAGUUGCAUGCUUUGUGUACAGUACACGGAGGCAGAAACUCCCCCUUGAGCAUUUUACUGUACAUAUUUUUAGAAUGUGCCUUAAAAGCCUUCUUCCUCACACUAUGAAUCACUUGUAUUUCCUGUAAGUAUAGCUUAAUAGACUUUAUUAACUUUUUUGUCUUGUUUUGUUUCCCUCUUUCAAACAAAUAAGCAUCAUGCUCCCUUUAAGCUUUAUACUUGAUUUCUGUGAGAGUUGAAGCCUUGCAGAAGCAGAGGAGCAGAGCAGUAAAAACCCCUGCAGUCAUCAUAAAGCUACGUCUGCCUGGUCCGUUCAUUGCUUGUGUAAUUGCUGAGUGUCCUGUGUACGAUCUGCAGAUGCAGCAAAGUGGAAGGCGAUGGACAAGUCUUUUUUUUUUUUUUUUUUUUUUUUUUUUUUUUCAGGACGCCAAAUAUGUCGGGACUGUUGGGGGAAGGGAAGGGGUCAAAAAGCAAAAUUACACACUGCCAUCUUAUCUGACAACUGGAAUGUAGGUUUAAUGUUUGGGGACAACUUCACCUCAGUGCAAAGAGACACUCAUUUUCCAGUACAAUCAGGAUGUUACUGCUGAUUGAUGUCAAAGUGCUCCUGGAACAGCUGAUUGGGUUAAACGUUUCCAUGUUGCUCUGCACCUGAAUUGGGUUUUUGUGAGGUACCAAAGAUCAAAGUGAAUGUUUCUGUUUAAAGGGUUCCUGUGAUGUAGAAACAUUCAUAUGGGUCCUGUGCCUUAUAUACAACAGGUCAGAAUUUUUACAUCUUGGAAGGAGACGAGGCUUUUUUGCCUUGUUUUUAGCAAAAUGUAAGCACAACAUGACUGUCCACUUUGUAUACUCUUAUUUUUUAUUUGGCUCAUUUCAUCCUCCUAAGCUUUUAUUGAUGAGGGUGUUUCUAAAGUUUACUUAUUGUCAUUAACUUACCUUAACUGUGGAGUAGUUACUUUGUUUUGUUUUUUCCACGUUUGUGAAAUGUUGCCUUGCAUCAGUGCCUUUGGAACUAUUGGUUUUGUAUUGAUAAUCUACUCUGUCACAUCUGAGUACCAUUUUAAAAUCCAAAUUUUAGUAUUGUUUAAACCCCAUUUAAAAGUAGAAGAUGAAUUAUUGUCUCUUAAGCACUUAACGCCAUACUUUUUCCUUUCUCCAAUCCGAAAACAAAACAGUUUUUCAGAUUUAUCUGCACCUUGGUGUGAAGAGGCAGUUUAUUCAUGUUUUAUUCAAUGGAAAAAAAUAAUUUGGAUAUCUAAAGUGUUUUUUUGAUUUUAGCUGGGAAAACUGUCUUUGUAACAGAUAAGUUAUUUGUAAAAAUAAUAAAAAAAAAUCUAUUCUGAAAA